CAACACUCUCGUCUCUCACCCUGCAUUUAUACAUCACAAUUAAGGUUCUGCCUUACAGUCUCUCUUCACCUUAACUACCACUUCAUGGGUUUUCUUCUCUCUCUGCUUCUCUUUCUUACUGUCCCUUCAAGUAAUGCCGGUUAUUGGCCACCUUCACCAGGGUACUACCCAAGUUCUAAGUUCAGGUCUAUGAGCUUUUAUGAAGGGUUUAGAAACCUAUGGGGUCCUGGUCAUCAGAGCUCAGACAACAGUGGAAUAGCAAUUUGGCUUGAUAGGACCUCAGGAAGUGGAUUCAAGUCAGUUAAACCGUUUAGAUCUGGGUAUUUUGGUUGCUCCAUCAAGCUCCAACCCGGUUAUACUGCUGGAGUAAUAACAGCUUUCUAUCUGUCCAACAAUGAAGCUCAUCCAGGGUACCAUGAUGAGGUGGAUAUAGAGUUUCUUGGGACCACGUUUGGGAAGCCUUACACAUUGCAAACAAAUGUUUAUAUCCGAGGAAGUGGGGAUGGGAAAAUUAUUGGGAGAGAGAUGAAGUUUCAUUUAUGGUUUGAUCCCACACACAACUUUCAUCACUAUGCCAUAUUUUGGAGUCCCAAGGAGAUCAUAUUCCUUGUUGAUGAUGUGCCAAUAAGGAGGUAUCCGAGGAAGAGUGUUGCAACAUUUCCACUAAGGCCAAUGUGGGUCUAUGGAUCCAUAUGGGAUGCUUCUUCAUGGGCUACAGAGGAUGGAAAAUACAAAGCCGAUUAUCGAUACCAACCAUUUGUUGGGAGGUUCACCAAUUUCAAAGCAAGUGGUUGCUCAGCCUAUGCUCCGGCAUGGUGUCGAACGGUGUCCGCCUCUCCUUUUCGCUCAGGCAGCCUUACGCGGCAGCAAUCCAUGGUCAUGCAAUGGGUGCAAAGCCACUACAUGGUAUACAACUACUGCAAGGACUACAAGAGAGACCAUUCCCUCACACCAGAAUGUUGGGGUUGAAGGGAAUAAUUUAACUCUAUGCUCAGCCAUAUAAAGUCAUUUAAAUCUCUGGUUCUAUUCUCUUGUAAGCACUGUGUUUUGGGUGUCUUGAGAAUUGAGAUGGGUCCUACUUGGCAAGGAAUUUAAGUUAGGGUGUCUUGAGAAUAGUGUGUGACAUUUGUUAUGGCACUUCUUUCUGUACAGUCAAUAGACAGGGGAGAGAAGGCAGAUGGGUGAUGGGGCGUGGGGUUUAAGUGGGUGCAUUCACUUGUCAUUUCAUAAUAAAUCAAAACAUUUGCUGAUCAAAAAUUAAAGCAAAAGAUUUCAUUUUUUUGGUACAUGUAUGAGUGUGUUUGUCAAUGCGCGUCUAGCAAAAAAUUAUUUCACUGUGUAAAACGAAUUGACAUGGCCUCAUUUUGGAGGCAAACAAGUAUUUGCUAUCUCUUUGUAACUAAAGAAAGCGAAUUUACCAAACAAAAAU